GGAGGCCAUCGCUACAGAUUGACGUUCAACAUUCAGAAUCGCCAUGGCGCCACUGGACACAGAUGGAGCACUCAGAUCCAUGUGUAGAGUUGUUGCUCAGCUGCUCCACCCAGACCAGAAGGAAUUGGAGCAGUCGGACCACAACGACUGCCUGGAUGUGUGUCAGAAGCUCUUGCAAACUGAGCCAAAGACUUCAGAGCAAUCGAGCGAAGUCAAUGUCAAAAUCAACAGCGAAUUGCACUUGUCCAGACUGCGAACGGAGCCUGUGACAGUUAGCACGAGCAGGCAGCCUGAGCAAGCACAGCCAAAGCAGAAAAAUCCAGGAGGUCUCUCCACUUGGGCAAAGGAAGAGGCUGUUCGUCAUUUUCGGGAGAAUCUUGCGAUUGACGACAAGUGGUCAAAUGGAUGGUCAUAUGCACGUUCAGAGCUGUGUGUGGCCCACUUCCGGAAGCUUCUAGACUGCUGGUAUCCGGGAAGAAAGGACUUCUGGAAGGAGUGUCAAGACUUCUGCAAGGAAUGGGCUGGAUGGCAGUCAGGACCCCCAAGAUGCCGGCCUUUGAGUGCUGGCAGGUUGAACAACUACUUGAGUCACCUUCACCGUGGUAGCACGCACCGGAUGGAGGAAAUUCUUCCAACUCCAGAAAUUAUGGCUGCAGUGCACAGGUAUGGAAUUCGUGUUAGUGACAUCCGCCUGACAUCCCCAAGCAUUUUCGAAGUUUGCCAAGCUUGGACUGGCCUGGAUUGGAGAGUAGGUCAUGCAGCUGACCCUUGUCCUUGGCCCGUUCCCCAUGUCGAACAACUUCCAUUGCUAUGAGGAAUUUGCAUGCCAGGCUUUUGACGGGCUGAAGUGCAGUUGGCAGUUGCUUGCAAAAUUAUUUGGACGGGUCUACCUGAAUCCACCAUGGUCGCAGCUGGAUUGCUGGCUUCAGAAGGCUGCAUGGGAGUACUCCUUUGGACUACAGAUCCUGAUGGUUGUGCCGCGCUGGUCAGAGGAUUCCUGCAUCGCCAUACUCACCUCAGCACAGAAAUCUCUCAGGCUGUCUACGCCUUUGCGUCUCAAGACAAGAAGGCUUUGGGAUGCUGAAUUUAAGCACCCAGCAAGCGGCAGCAGUAUGGCACCACUGGACGUCACCCUCAUUUGGAUGAUUUAGAACUUCUUUUGCAUCGCAAUGAGAUCGAUGCCCACCACUGUAGGCUUAGGAGAGGACAGGCAAGAAAACAUAUUAAAUUUGCAUGUAAGCUCUCCACGCUGCCAACAUUCGGAGCAUUGCUCCAAUUGCACUCCGUGAUAGGGAGUUUGUACAGCUUGAGUCCCUUGAUCUUGUACAUAAAGAUGCAUACGCCCACCAAGAC